AUGGUCGUCUUCCUGCUGAUACUGAAACACGGGGAUGUAAACGAGGCGGCGGCGGCGGAGGAGGGAUGUUUUUUAAUGAGGCGACGCGGCGUGGACAUCAUUUUAACGCUCAAAAAAGAACCUGAAGAAGAAGACGGAGAGCGAGGAGACGAGGAGGAGGAGAACAAGGAGGAGAGGAGGAGAGGAGGGGAAGAGGAGGAGAAGAACAAGGAGAAGAGGAGGAGGAGAACAAGGAGAGAGAGGAGGAGAAGAGGAGGAGAGGAGGAGGAGAGCGAGGAGAGGAGGAGGAGGAGAGGAGGAGAAGAGGAGGAGAGGAGGAGGAGAGGAGGAGAAGAGGAGGAGAGGAGGAGGAGAAGAGGAGGAGAGGAGGAGGAGAGGAGAAGAGGAGGAGGAGGAGGAGGAGAGGAGGAGAGGAGGAGGAGGAGAGGAGGAGGAGGAGGAGAAGAGGAGGAGAGGAGGAGGAGGAGGAGAGGAGGAGAAGAGGAGGAGAAGAGGAGGAGAAGAGGAGGAGAAGAGAGGGAGAAGAGGAGGAGAGGAGGAGAAGAGGAGGAGAGGAGGAGGAGAGGAGGAGGACAGCGAGGAGAGGAGGAGGAGGAGAGGAGGAGAAGAGGAGGAGAAGAGGAGGAGAAGAGGAGGAGAAGAGGAGGAGAGCGAGGAGAGGAGGAGGAGGAGAGGAGGAGAAGAGGAGGAGAGCGAGGAGAGGAGGAGGAGGAGAGGAGGAGAGGAGGAGAAGAGGAGGAGAGGAGGAGGAGAAGAGAGGGAGAAGAGGAGGAGAGGAGGAGAGGAGGAGAGGAGGAGGAGGAGGAGAGGAGGAGAGGAGGAGAGCGCUCUGCUCCCUGA